AUGAUGAAUACGGAGUCGACCAGCGAACCACGUGUUUUUCGCCCGGAUGAUCUCAUUUGGGCAAAAAUGAAGGGUUUUCCUCCGUGGCCAGCUAAAGUUAUCUCAUCUGGUGAAGAUAUUCCCCCGGGAAGAAUACCAGUAAUGUUCUUUGGUACAAGGGAAACAGCUUUCAUGAAACCUUCAGAUUUGAGUGAUUAUAUGACAUUUCGUCAACAGCAUGAAGUUUCACGGAAACAUAAGGGUUUCAAUGAAGGGAUUCAUGAAAUUCGAGUUGCUGCCAUGCUAGAAGCGCCUGAUUACAAAGACCCAUUGUUUUUCCCCAACUUAGAUUCAGGAAAAAGUCCUUCUCCUAUGCCAACACAGCCUGGCCAGCGGAGGCAAAGCGGAAGAAUGCUAUCAGACGCUUUUCUCACAGGAUAUGAGAAUAAAAAAUCCAACAGUGCAUCCACAGUAUCACGGUCUCGAGCAAGUAGUACAGCUUCUGCUUUAAAGCAGCUAAAAAAAGAAAUUUUCCGCCGUAGGCUAGAUAGUGAAAGCUCUAAUGGCUCGAGAAGAAAUAAAAUGAUUAGUGGUUUAGAAAAAAUUCAAAGUACAGAUUUUUAUGCUCAGCUAGGGAAUCUGGAUGAUUUCCCUCUUAUUGGCGAUGACCAUUUGGGUGCUGAUGAUGCUCGUUCGACUAGAUCUAAAAGAUCACGAGGAUCUUCAAAAGUUUUCGAAGAAUAUAUAUUGGGUUCUCGUACUCGACAUCGCUCUGGAAGUAUAAGUGAGAAUAGAGGAACUCGUAGCAGAUUAAUAUCUGGAGUUUCUGAUUUCUUUGAUGAUUUGUUGUUCCCUACGGCUUCGAUUGCUCAAGCAGCAAGCGGAGAAAUUAUGCAUGUUCUGGACGAUUUUCCAUCUGAAAGUAGUGAAGGUCGGCCCGGAACACCCGAAGCUCCUGCUCCUCUACCUCGCCCCAACGAGUUUUGUAAAGACUGUGGUUGCGAAUGUACAUUAGUUGGAUUGAAAUGGAGAUGUACUUCAAAGUACUGCUUAAAAUGGAAUGGAAUAGCCGAACCAUAUAAUAGACCCAGUACUUCUAUUGCCCCUCCGGUUGAUUUCCCAGUGGAAGUGAAAGAAGAAACACCUGAUGAUUCUCCUAAAAGGGAAAAAUCUGUUAAAGAGAGAAUACGAGAAGACUUCAACCGAUUUGAUAAACAGAUUGCUUCCACUGUUACAAAUGUAGAAAGCCCUAAGCAUGACUCCUCCUCGCCUGAUAGAUCUCGGAGUCCUAAAAAAGCUGUUGAAGUUCAGCCAACUAUUACCAAAAGGGCCACUGGACGGCCAAAACAAUACAAAGUUGAAAGUACACCUCCCAUUAAUCAUAAUGGUUUGAGAAGUUGCACGUUCUGUAAUGGUCAAGUUAGACCUCAAAUGUGUGGUGGAAACAAGCAUAGAUGGCGUUGUGUUGAUAAGAAAUGUCGAAAGUGGUAUGGAUGGGUGAAGUCUAGCGAUGAGAUUCCCCGAGAUCUUGGCAGGAAAGGUCGUUUCAGUAAUGUUCUUGAAAAAGCUAGACGACGAGAACGACUUCGUUCUCACAAUUCUACGAGCUCAGCUCAGAUGGCCGAAGCUGCGUCUAUUUCAUCUGCAGGAGAAGCGGCAGCAGCUGCUGCUGGAUUAGACACUGCAUCCUUAAUGAGUGAUGAUAGACAAAGUGGAAGAAUAGGUUCUAUUGCUAAAGAGUUAUCAGCUCGAGCUGGAGAUGAUCAACCUAGAAAAAAAGGACGUCCACCCAAGCAAACUGGCAUAAAAAUAAAAUUAAAGGGCAAAGAUAAGAAAGAUGGAAAACGAAAAGCGACUGAGAGUGAGCAGAGAGUAAAACGCAAAUAUACCAAGAGGAAGGAUGCUGAUGUAACUAAAGAGGAGGAGAAGCCAUCUCGACCUGUGUCGCCGCUCACUCCACGUGAAUUACGCUACCGGCCAUGUGCGAUGGAAAAACGAGGCAGAUGGUGGAUAAGUGAAAAGAGAAAGAUUGAUGUUAGUCCAGAAAGGGAGUUCCAAACAGAAACUGCCGAUUCUGCCGCUGCUUUUAGAAUUUUAUCACAUGCCUUCCGGGCAGCUGCUGUCACAAGAGCUGAUGAACCUGGAACCGUCAAUGGAUCCCUUGAUCUCAUGAUGGAUUCUUUGUUGGGCUGCAUGGCCCCGUUAUUAUCACUACUGGGUAGGUUGCCGAAUACAAGACCGGAUCCUCAAGUUCUGCAACAACUUUGGAAUGCAUCAGCUGUACAUUUGCCAAUGUUCCAAUGA